GAGAGGAGGGGGGAGGAAAGAGGCCGCAGAAGCCCGAGCCUUGACCGACGGGCAGGCGGGGGCUGCGGCGGCGCCGCGCCGGCGCCCCCCCAUGCGCCAAGCGGCCGGACGGCGGCGUCGGGGGGCGCCAUGGCCUCGGCGGCGGCGGGCGAAGCGGAAGAGACCACCCGGCUGCGCAAGCCGCGCUUCUCGUUCGAGGAGAACCAGAUCUUGAUCCGCGAGGUGCGUGCCCACUACCCGCAGCUCUACGGCGCGCAAAGCCGUCGGGUGAGCGUGGCUGAGCGGCGGCGUGUGUGGGACGGCAUCGCCGCCAAGAUCAACGGCAUCACCAGCUGGAAGCGCACCGGCCAGGAGGUCCAAAAGCGCUGGAAUGACUUCAAGCGCCGCACCAAGGAGAAGCUGGCCCGAGUGCCGCACUCCACGCAGGGCGCCGGGCCUGCCGCCGAGGACGCCUUCUCCGCGGAGGAGGAGACCAUUUUUGCCAUCCUGGGGCCGGGCGUGGCGGGGCCAGGAGCUGGUGCAGGGGCCGAGCAGACCUCCGGGGCCGCUUCCUCACAGCCGCCAGCCCCAAGUGCCGGCGCCCAACGCUACGUGUUGUCUGAGGACCGCAGGGAGGACCGACGAGCAGAUACACCAGCCCACAGCAAGGGGGGCUCCAACAGCCCCGAGCAGUGGGCCCGGCCCUCCUGCAGUCCCCAGGAAGGGGGCUGCCCGCCACCCAAGGAGCGUGAGUCCCCGCCCCCUCCAGCCCUGCAGACGGUCCAGCUGCCCCGUUUGGCCUUGUCUCCACCGCCCUCAGCCCCUCCUCCACUGCCACCACCCACGCCCUCAGCCCCAGACCCCUCCCUGGACUUCCUGCGGGCUCAGCAGGAGACUGCCAACGCCAUUCGGGAGCUGGCUGGCACCCUUCAGCAGGGACUGGCCAAACUGAGUGAGGCCCUCAGUGCCCUACUGCCCCUUCUGCCGGGAACCGCAGUGGACAGGCUGCCUCCGCCCCUGCCCCCGCCCCCGCCCCCGCCCCCACCCCCACCUCCCAGGCCCCUCCUGCCCCCUCCUACCCCCAAAGCUGAGAUCACCCCGGAGCCGGUGUCCGUGGUAGCUGCCGUGGUGGACGGAGCGGUGGUCGCAGCCAGGGGGGUGAUCAUCGCCCCUAGGAGCGAGGAGGGGACCCCCCGGCCACCCCCAGCCCCGCUUCCUCCCCACGACUCACCCCCACACAAGAGGAGAAAAGGUUUCCCUACACGGAAGAGGCGGGGGCGAUGGAAAUCUCCGUGAAAUCUGCCCUUGGGUUUGAGCUCCUCUCUGCUCCUCCUGCCUGCACCUCCUCCCCCCAGCUUAGCCCAGUGGAGGAGGGCGAAGCACCUUCCCCAUCUCAGCUGCUCCCCGGGCUCCCCUGCUGCAGGGGCACGAGCACCCCACUCCCUCUACUAGUUAGUGCCUGAUUCUCAGGGGACCUCAUUGAUGGGUGCCCCGGCCCUUUCUCCAGUACAGCGCUGUCUGCCUGGCUGCUUCCCCAAACCCUAACUUGUAAGCCAUCGAUUUUACCUUAUUAUUGCCCUUCGUGGGUUGCGGAGGGAAUCCCUCGGGUCUGCACAUACCCCCUUCCCCAACAACUCCUGGUCUUGACUUGAAGAGAAUUGACCCGAAGUCUCCGAUCCAGACUUUGGAGGGGCUGGGAGUCUCGAGACAAAUCAGAAUAUGGAUGACAAAGGAUACAGCAGUCUGUACCCUAGGGAGAGGGGGGUGGAGUUCUCACUGGGGAGGUACAGGUUGGGCCCUUUGCCUCCCAAUGCUCUCUCUGACCUCCAGAGCUCAACCCCCUCCUUUCUCCCGAGUGGUGACAAGAUGUGAAUAAACUUAUUUUUAAUACAAUUA